CCAACCGACGCUCCCCGCCCAGCCUCGCGGCACCGUGCGCAUGCGCACCGCACCCUCUCCCGCCCCCUCCCACUCUGCCGCACCCCCCCGGCCGCUCGGCGGGCGAUGCGGAAGGAGCCCCGAGAUUGCUGAACUGGGCCGAGGCCCGGCGGGGCUGCUGGCGACCCCCGCGGCGUCGCUGCCAGCCGGGCCCGCGGGGCAGGGCUGGGAAGGACGGGGACCCUCCGCCGGCCGCUGAGGUCAGAUGUUGCCAUCGGUCUCGAGGAAGAGGAGCAUAACCGGGACCUGCUAAGCGCUGAUCUGCUUGUGCCCCGGACCAUGGACUCAUUGAGGGUGCCCCAGGUGUGAAAAUGUCCAGCAGUAACCGGGAGUUGGUGAUUGACUUUGUUUCCUACAAGCUCUCGCAGAAGGGGUACAGCUGGAGCCAGCUGGAGGAGGAGGAUGAUGAGAACAGGACUGACUUUGCGGCGGCGGGGGAGGACGAGAUGGACGGCGUCCUCAACGGGAGCCCCUCCUGGCACGCGCCCGCCGCCAGCCACGUAGUGAACGGGGCCACCGUGCACCGGAGCAGCCUGGAAGUGCACGAGAUCCAGCGGGCGGCCGACGUGAGGCAGGCGCUGAGGGAGGCGGGGGAUGAGUUCGAGCUGAGGUACCGGCGGGCGUUCAGCGACCUCACCUCCCAGCUCCACAUCACCCCUGGCACGGCCUACCAGAGCUUCGAGCAGGUGGUGAACGAACUGUUCCGCGACGGGGUGAACUGGGGCCGCAUCGUGGCUUUCUUCUCCUUCGGGGGGGCCCUGUGCGUGGAGAGCGUUGACAAGGAGAUGCGGGUACUGGUGAAGCGCAUUGUGUCGUGGAUGACCACGUACUUGACCGACCACCUAGAUCCCUGGAUCCAGGAGAAUGGCGGAUGGGAACGCUUUGUGGACCUCUACGGGAACGAUGCUGCUGCCGAGGUGAGGAAGGGCCAGGAGACCUUCAACAAAUGGCUCCUGACCGGGGCGACAGUGGCCGGAGUGCUUCUGCUGGGAUCCCUGCUGAGCCGCAAGUGACCCGCCGCGAGCCCCCCGUCGCCAGGACGGCUGCGCCUUCACCGCCACAUCCACUACACUCCGCUCCCAAGCACCGGCACCGGCGCGGGGGAGCAGCUCCUGGGUCCCGGCUGAGCACCACCCUGCUCCACGGAGUUGUCUCCCUCGUGCCGCCCAGCUCCUUUUAUCGUAGCCCGUCUUAUUUACUGUUCCGUUGUGUUUUAAAGGCGCUGAGGCCAAUGCAGCACUUCAGCCACCGGCUCCCAGCGCUGGGGAGAUCCAGGCAGCUGUGGGGCACAGGCUAGAAGGUGUCCCAGCCCUGCAGGGUCCUCCGGAUCACGUGGAAGAAAAUAAACAGACUUAUUUUUGCAUGUGUGAGUGCGUGCGUGUGUGUAGAUGUGUCACUAAUAUAAGGUUCCCCAGCCAGAGCAAGGGUCAGGCUCCAUGCCCCCGUCUCCAUGCUUAGGCACUGGGAAGAGGCAGGCUGCACAGAGGGAUGGAGCUUCCCUGCAUCCCUGUCCCGUCCUUGCUUUUCCAGGCAGAACUCAUCCCUGUGGUGGGGGGAGCAGGAGGAAGAGGCAGAGGCCGGGGGCGAGGAGCUCUGCCCUCAGUUAGUCCCCCAAGCCCUCUUCUCCCUGGACAUCAGCUGCUGGGAGCUGCAUCCAGUCCCGGGUUGGGAUGGUGUACCAGGCCCAGGGCUGUGUCUUGUUGGAAGGGUUCCUUGUCCUCUUCCUCUUCCUCCUCCUCCUCCUUCCGAAUGUAGAUGGCUGUGGGGCCGUGCUCAUCUGUCCCCAGCCUGCUCCUCUGGGCUGGCAAAGGAGGGAGGCAGGCAAGGGGGAGAGCACUUGUCCCUGGCACAAGGAGCUCUGCAGAGAGCUGGGGCUGUGGUGUCCAGGAAUGCAGAGCCAGGGAUUGGAAAGGGCAGGGGGAGUGAUGUCCUUCACAGGGGUGGCAAAGCCCAGGGAGCAGCUGAUCCAUGGGACCAGCAGGGAAGCAAGCCCAGAGGAGGUGAGAGAGAGAGGGCUGGCACUGUCUCAGAGCUGUGCCGGCCACUGGGAAGCCUCUUUGGGGACAGUGGGAGCCUCUCCAGUGCUGUCCCGUUUGCUCGCAGUCCCAUAGCGCAGGCAGAUCCCUGGCAGAUCCGUGCGUGGCUGUUAUGGGUGCAUGCAGUGACUGAGGUGUCUGGCUUCCCUCCCCCUCACCCCUCCCUUGCUCCUGCUGCUGCUGGAGCAGGGAACCUUCAGCCUUUAAUAGCUUCCAGAAUAAACCCCCUCAUCCCUCAGAGCCCACCACUGGCGCACACAGCUCUCCACGCGGGCCUGUCGACGUACGUACGCCCGCGCUCCGCUCUGUACAGGUCGAGUAGUUUUUAAUUCAUUUGUGAAUACUCAAUGCUAUUUUUGUUAUCUUGUCUGUCCGUAUUUAUGUGUGGGGCCAUGCUCCCUGAAGAGGCCAAGGUGGGAUGGAGGUGGGGGGGGAAGAACCAGACGCUCCAGGGGGGCUCACUUGGCCACUGAGCACAGACUUGCGCUCCCUGUGUAGGAUCCGCUCAGAUCCCACACGGGGAGCACAAGGACUAACAUUAGCCCAAACAUUGAACGCUUCGGAUUGCAGGUGGAGGUGAUCCACUAAUAAAGUUGUCAUUGGA